UGCAACUCAAAGAUUAUCUAUUGAUGCUACUCCCGCUAUUGGAAUUGGUGUCUGCGUUUCUUCGAUUAGAAAUAAAAGUGCCAAUGUCAACAUGGUUGAGUACCACAACGACAUCUCACAGUCUACGCCCAACAGACUUGGCAACGAUUAUACCAAAAGUACUUUUGCUAAAGCAUGCUCAGAUCAUUCUGAAACCCCAUCUGCAGCAAUCAUGAACUCCAAAGACGAAAAGCUCAGCCCUCUCCAGAAACACGUUCAAUUCUGGGACCGCGACAAUGACGGCAUCAUCAACCCAUGGGACGUCUACAAUGGUUUCCGCGAGCUCGGUUUCGGCCUCUUCUUCUCAAUAGGCUCUCUUCUCAUCCCUAUCUUCUUUUCAUAUCCAACACGGCUCGGUCAUAGUUGGCUGCCUGACCCCUUGUUCCGCAUCUAUGUCAAUGACAUCCACAAGGCCAAGCAUGGUUCUGAUACAGGCAUCUUCGACUUUGACGGGAACUUCAGCCCCGAGAGAUUCGAGCAGAUGUUUCAGCGGUUCGAUACCUCAGGUGAGGGAGGUUUGACUGCCGAUGACCUCUGGAGAUUAUGGGCGAAGGAUCGCUGUGCGGCGGACCCAGCUGGUUGGACCUUUGCUUUUAUGGAGUGGUGGACAACAUAUGUGCUUCUCCAAGAGGAUGGGGUCGUGAAAAAAGAUGACCUGAGAGCCUGUUAUGACGGAAGCCUGUUUUGGAGGAUCAGAGACGAGAGAGAGAGAAGCAGCAAGUACAUGGAUAGAAAGAGCUUUGGCAUGAGAAACUUCUUUGCUUCAAUCUAGCAGGCUCUCGAAAAACAUAGCCUCAAUUCCUUCAACGAGAUCGUCUACAAGCCCCAUGGAGUCAACUAGAUAGCAAAACUAGAGAAUGUCGAUCUUCCAUCAAAUCUACCUGUUGAUUAUCUCAAGCCCGUCCUAACGUUCGAGAGAAGCGUCGAAACCUCA